CAUUGCCAAGCCCAAAAAUAAAUUUGCCUAGCCUUCAAAUUUAACCUCGUUUCUUCGCCUCUCCCUUCUAACUUUCUCCUCCAUGACAACUCCCUCCCUCCCAAGGUGAACCUUCUCCGAUUACCUUCAUACGAACCAGAGACCAACCAAACCGAAUAUAGUGCCUUCAAUGCAUAACAGAACCAACUAUAUCUACGACCAUAACUCGAAUUCUUCUUCCUUCUUCAAGUAUCAGAUGCGAAUUAUCACAAGCCAUCACAGACUGAACCGGAAAGACCUGUCCGAGCCACGCUGCGACGCCGAGCGCCGCCGGGGCGAGCCUUGAACGGUUCGCGCAUUUUGGAAGCCAAGUCACCGCAGCGAGACAGAGUGAAUACCUCACCGCCCAUAAUUGCCACACCACGUUAUGUUGAUGGGCCCGGCGGCUCCCGCACUUACCACGGUGCGUGGCUUUCAGCGAACACCAGUAACUUCUGGCGACGAGGACUCCGACUACUGUCCCACCCCCCGGUUUCGUGGACACACCCCGGCCAAGAGAGGGCAUGAGAACGGGGCUACGCGCAUCAUCGACGAUGUGGUCAGCACGAACUGCAGCCCGGUCCUGAAAGCUGCCCCAUCCCCUUGCGCCAGUGGGAUUGGCAAGCUGCGGAAGCAGCUCGAACCCUUCAGCCUCGAUACUACUGCGGCUUCAUCGCGCGCGAGCUCCUUGACGCGCAGCGAUAGCCGCGACACUGCGCGGAGCAACAGCAACGCCCCUAACGAGAGUCACAGCAGCGACGAGACGGCUUCCGUGGGAUCUACCAGCUACGAGGUCAACCUUGAGAGCGAUUUCGUCAGCGAGAACAUACAUGGCCGAACCGUGGGCCGAGGCUGUGGUGGCUGCAUGGUCGCAGAUGCUGUCGAAGGAGGUCUGGUCCAACCCCGCCAGAAGAUAACUGCCGACAACUUCGAGCCACUGCGCUGCCUCGGAAAGGGGACAUAUGGGACAGUCCUGCUCGUCAAGCAGCGCAGCACGGGACGCCUGUAUGCGCAGAAACAGUUCAAGAAAGCUUCGCUCGUCGUGCAUAAGAAGCUUAUUGAACAGACGAAGACCGAACGACAGGUGCUCGAGAGCGUCAACCGGCACCCGUUUGUGGUCAAGCUGUUCUACGCCUUCCAGGACCAGGAGAAGCUCUACUUGAUACUCGAGUACGGGCAGGGCGGAGAGCUCUUCACCCACCUCAGCACGGAGAAAAUGUUCACCGAGUCAACAGCCGCGUUCUACAUGGCCGAGAUGGCUCUCGCCCUCUCUCACCUCCACGACAAUCUUGGUGUCGUGUACCGGGACCUCAAGCCGGAGAACUGCCUUCUCGACGCAGAGGGACACCUACUCCUCACCGAUUUCGGACUGUCCAAGGUUGCUGUCGACAACGAGAACUGUAACUCUAUGCUCGGCACGGUCGAGUACAUGGCACCCGAAGUAAUUCUUGGUCAGAAGUACGGCAAGGCAGUGGACUGGUGGUCGUUUGGUGCCCUGCUCUACGACCUGUUGACCGGCAACCCCCCGUUCCGUGGCCAGAACCAUGCUAAGAUCCAGGAAAACAUUGUCAAGCAGAAGCUGAUCUUGCCGUACUUCCUGGGCCCUGACGCGAAGGAUCUCCUGACGCGUCUGUUGCGCAAAGAUCCUCGCAAGCGCCUGGGAGGCACCAUGCCAAAGGACAUGGCCAUCAUCAAGAAGCACCGGUUCUUCCGGAAGAUCGACUGGAAGAAGCUGGCCGCGCGCGAGCUCGAACCGCCAAUCCAGCCUAUGAUCACCGACCCAGAACUUGCCGAGAACUUCGCGCCCGAGUUCACGGAAUUGAGCUUGAGCCCGCUUAUCUCGCGAUUCGACGACCCGUGGGGCUCUCUCAAUCCGACCGACGACAAGGACAACCCGUUCGGUGGCUUCAGCUUCGUCGCUUCGAGGAGCCUCCUGGAGGGUGACGGUUUCAGACUUGCAGCAAAGGUCUGAUGCCUGUGACCGUGUGGAUUUUCAAUUCCGGAGCGUUUGCCAUGAUGGUAUAGAUGUUGAACCUUUUUUUUUCUUUCGUUUUUCAAGCCGGCGGUUGCGUUGUUGCCGAGUCCUUGCAGUCAUGUCGGUGGGACUAGAAUAUUUACUUCUUAUAGAGGGAGAGUCGAGGAGUGAAGGCAUUCAUGUCGGUUCAGUUGCGAAAAAGCAAUCCUCUAGAGCAACUACCAAUAGAGGUAUCAAGCAGUCUUUUAACCUAGAAAGCCCCUUGGCUCAAUGUCCAGAGCCGGAGCGUAUUAGAUAUUCCGCCAAUACAAUGAUUGCAUGGAAGCAACGAAGUCGCUGGGGAACGUCGGAUUCCCAUCUUGAAUCUUCAAGCUGCUGAGGCGUCCA